AUCGGAUUAUUACUCCCCCCAAACAACACUACUCAACCCACUACUCUCGCCAACCUUUCCCGGCGUCCCAACCCGCAAACUGGCCACCAACGGCCCCAACUUCCCCGUGCGAGGAUCCCUUUUAACGACAGCGACAUUACUCGAUACCUGAUCGCCGAUAGCGACGAGGUCGCCGGCGACGUUGAUGGCGAAGGUGCGCGGUGUCUGGCCGAAGGAGGGCGUGAGCGCGCUGAAAGACAAUUCGCCAGUUUCGUCGGAUAUUGCCAGCGUGGCCAUCGAGUCGCUGUUUUCCUCUGA